CGUGGCCACCAAAGGGAGUCAAAUUUCGACCGGGAUACAAAAUUUGUCACAACAUGGUGGAGGUCAUAUCCGGGUUAUUUUCCGCUGUCACUUCUUGCCGCAAACACGGACCUUUAACUCUCAGGGACAGUCAUAUAACUUGCAUAUAGCUUAACUGGGGUCUUGCACAGGUGACAAUUAAAUAUGUUUUCCUUGUCAACGACGGUCCAGCCACAGGUGACUGUACCCCUGAGUCACCUCAUCAACGUCCUCCACUCUCUGAAAAGCUCAGUGGGGAGCAGCAGCAGUGCCUCCUGCAAAUCAAGAAAACAUAAGGAGCGUGCUGCAGACCCAGAACUACACUGUGCCGAGUCUGUGUGGAAUUUACGGGAGCUGGGUUUAUCAGAUCUGGGAACGCAGCAGCUGGAUGAGCUGGUGAAUCGUGUGUUGCCACACUUGAGCCCACAGGAAGCGCCACUUGCAUUUGGUGGUCAGACGGCCUGGAGGACCUCGCAUCUCUCCACACAUUCCUUUUUCCACAAUAAGCAUGGCUUCUCAUGGAGUCGCAUGCCGACACCGGUGUUUUCAAGGCUGCACCCUUCACCACUUCAGUCUGUCUGUACAGAUCUCCAGUACUGGCCAGCGUUGGUUCAGACCAGAGGUUUUAAAACUUUAAGGAGCAAAACAAGACGACUGCAGUCAGCUUUCGAAAGGCCUGCCGACUCUGAAGGGUUCACGCCAUCUUUUAUGAAGGGGUUUCUCACACGUGACAAGGGGAUAGAAGUUGAAAGUCUAGACAGCGUGGUGAAGAACAAGAACAUACCUGAUGGACAGCAGGAUGCGUUUAAGAGGGGCUUCGCUGAGGGUUUCCUGAAAGCUCAAGCCCUGACACAGCGAACUCAAGACUCACUUAGGAGGACUCGUCUAAUCCUGCUGGUGCUGCUUCUUGUUGGGCUGUAUGGCAUCUCGAAGACGCCCUUCAUAUCGGUGCGGUUCCGAACCACAUCAGGCCUGGACUCAGCCGUGGACCCUGUGCAGAUGAAAAAUGUGACAUUUGAGCACGUGAAAGGGGUCGAAGAAGCUAAGAAUGAGCUGCAGGAAGUGGUGGAGUUCCUGAAAAACCCACAGAAGUUCACAGCUUUAGGAGGAAAGCUGCCUAAAGGAGUUUUACUUGUGGGCCCUCCAGGGACUGGAAAGACCCUGCUGGCCAGAGCAGUGGCAGGAGAGGCAGAAGUACCGUUUUAUUAUGCCUCCGGCUCAGAGUUUGAUGAGAUGUUCGUUGGAGUGGGAGCGAGUCGCAUCAGGAAUCUCUUCAGGGAGGCCAAAGCCAACGCUCCCUGUGUGAUUUUCAUCGAUGAACUGGACAGCGUGGGUGGGAAAAGGAUAGAGUCUCCUAUGCACCCUUACUCCAGACAGACGAUCAACCAGCUUCUUGCUGAGAUGGAUGGGUUUAAACCAAAUGAAGGGGUGAUCAUCAUCGGGGCAACCAACUUCCCAGAGGCUUUAGAUAAUGCGCUGAUACGACCAGGGCGUUUUGACAUGCAAGUGACUGUACCCAAACCAGAUGUGAAAGGACGCACAGAAAUUCUCAACUGGUACCUAAAGAAGAUCAAAGUGGAUCCAACUAUCGAGGCCAAUAUUAUUGCCCGAGGCACCGUGGGCUUCUCUGGUGCUGACCUCGAAAAUCUGGUGAACCAGGCGGCCCUAAAGGCAGCGGUUGAUGGCAAAGACAUGGUCACUAUGAAGGAGCUGGAGUUUGCUAAAGACAAAAUCCUCAUGGGCCCAGAGAGAAGGAGUGCAGAGAUAGAUGAUAAGAACAAGCGCAUCACGGCGUACCACGAAUCAGGCCAUGCAAUUGUAGCUUUCUAUACCAAAGAUGCGAUGCCAAUCAACAAGGCUACCAUCAUGCCCAGAGGCCCCAGUCUGGGACAUGUGUCCAUGCUUCCAGAGAAUGACAGGUGGAGCGAGACUCGCUCUCAACUUCUGGCCCAGAUGGAUGUCAGCAUGGGCGGCCGUGUAGCUGAGGAAAUCAUAUUUGGCCAUGAUUACAUCACAACUGGAGCAUCAAGCGACUUUGAUAGUGCCACCAGGAUUGCUAAGAUGAUGGUAACCAGAUAUGGAAUGUGUGAAAAGCUGGGUAUAAUGACCUACACUGAUCUGUCAGCACAAAGCCCAGAGACACAAGCAGCUGUGGAGCAAGAAAUCAGAGUGUUACUCAAGGAGUCAUAUGAGCGCGCCAAAGCCCUGCUGAAGUCUCAUGCUAAAGAGCACAAGAACCUGGCAGAUGCUCUGCUCAUGUACGAGACACUAGAUGCCAAAGAGAUUCAGCUGGUCCUGGAGGGCAAAACCCUGGAGACCAGAUGAACCCUGAGAGGAUCCAAAUAUCUCUGGGUACAGGCGGAGGAGGAGGUAGAUUUUAAGAGGUCAACUGAUAGAGAUGGACUCAGAGGCCUGCAUUUAUAAUGUCACUUUACAAGUGUUCCUGUGGGAAAAUCCCAUCCCUUCAUGUUGUCUCACCUUCACAGAAUCCCAUCACUAUCCUCAGAUAAGUAGUGCUGUUAUUUAAAGCAUAAACACGAGUGCCCCGUGUUCACAUGUAAGCAGCAGUACUGGUUCACUGUAUGGGAUUAAAGGUUGAAUGACUAAAUGUUCAAUAUUAAAGAUUUUGCUCAGGUCAUUUUAUUGCUUGGUGGGAGGAAAUAAAACAUGAAUGUAAAUAUGUACUGCUAACAUAACGGCAUCCGAAUUUCUUUUAAGGUUCCUCAUAACUCAGCCGUAUCACCAUAAUAAUCUUUAGCCAGACAAAGACAGAGUCGCUUCCAGUCAAUUGGAAACACCACAAGUAAUAUCAACCCAAAGAGGUCAUUGUUGAUACAGCAUCCAGAAUAUAUGUGAAUCUCUACUCAUGUUUCAGUUCUCUUCAUGUGUUUGUGUUCAUAUCUGAUAUUUGUGAGGUGUGUUUCCAGUGUAUCUUACUCCCCUGCUGCUUCAUUUUGAAGGUUACUUUAUGGGUAAUGUACCGUAAACAUAUAUAUUUCUUUUCUUUUGAAGUAGGAUAAAGUUGAACUACAAUGGCUCAGCACCUUGGCUAAGCAUGGACAUUUAAAAUGUUCGUGUGCACUCUUUGUGCCCUUAAUUUUCUUUCAAGCGUACAAAUGGAAGAAAAACUGCCGCUCAGCUUCAGAAAAGCAUGUGACACAAAGUGGCUGUGUUUGCCGUAGCGAUAGAGCUUUGGGAUCGGAAGGUUUUUAGUUCUGAAAUAAAAAUGAUGCCAUAAUUUCUUUAAAAAGUUUGAGAUUGGCUUUUGGAAGCCUCCUCAGUGACAUAGUAGUUUUUCUUGUACAUGCAAAUUGUGAAAUAAAGAUUCUGCAGUUAUUCGGAGAAGCUAAAAGGCCGGCUCUGUCAGUAUUGUGCUUCAGUCCCCGUUCUCAUCGCUUAACUGUCGAAAGGCUUCUAACCCGUAUCUGGUCCUGCAUACUGGACUGCUUAGUAAACAAAUCUGCAUAGCACAGUGGACAAACAAUGCUAAAUGUUUUGUGGUACUUUUCUCCAGGUGUGAAAGAAGAUGUAAGGGAAAAUGAAUUUCAUUUAAUUGUAAGAUGACUCCAAAUCAAACACUUACCAGCACAGAUUGUCUGUACAAAUCUACGUCAAAGCGGUGAAUGUCUUUCUCCAAAUGUGUAUGUAAUCCAUAUUUAGAACGCUGAUCUCAGCAUGUUGUGCAUCUUGAUGUUUGAUUUUUUUUUUUUUUUUUCCAGUUUGCCACAGUAUAUUCUGUUUGUUGGCCUUUUAGUGAGUAACUUAUCUGUGUAUAUAUUUAGGGUGUAAGGGGAACAUUGUAUAUAGAUGUAUAGUGAAGCUUUUAUGCUGUGUACACUGAAUGGCUCUCUGCUGUACAUCUCUCCUCAGUGUAAAGGAAAAGGAACCCAAAUAAAGACUUAAGUGUG